CGUCUAGCAACUAUAGAGCAGCGACAGCAUCUUGGCUAGUUACCCAGUUGACCUACUUGGUUGGGCCCAACAUUAUCCGGUAGUUAACUUAGCGCGAAUUAACUCAGUUCCCACUUCCGUGGACUUUCUUCUCCAUCUCAACCGCAAGAGUCAACUGUUUGUAUUCCUCCAAAGAACUCGGAUUCACUCAAAGCCUCGUUAACCCCGCCACCCUGGAAGAUGGUGUAAUCAGCAGUUACUCUGUAUUGCCCUCAGAAUGGCCGGUAGCUAGCCAAGAAAGAUAAGCCAGGGUUCUCCAUAUUUAUCAGACAUUGGAGCUGCUGAUAGGAAGGGGAGGUGAUGCGAUGUCGCAAGGAGUCGCCCUCCAACUUCGUGAGCUUCCCAGUAGCCUGUUCUCUAUGGCCCAUCGAGGGGCGAACGCAUGCGACCGGGUUGUUGCACCCACCACAAUAAUAAAGCCAGUAUCGGGAACCAACAACGGACGAGAGUUGGAAAACUUGGCCGGCUGUCCCUGUGAUCGGUGAUGGCGGUUCUUGGAUACCCUCCACGGCGAUGAUCAAAUCAGAUACCGGGAAAAGAACCCUAUCUCGAUUACUCUGUGUAGAUCCACCGUUGGGGGAACGGUUUCCAAAAGUUUGCGCAAGUAGCUCGACGACGACAGUGGACGGCGACGGGGGAAGAUGACCGGGUCCACCAACAUGAUAACGAGCGAUAUUGAUCGCGGACAAGUCCAGUCCUCUGCUAGUGUCAUUGGGUAACAUGCAGAUGUCAUACUAGGAGCUGCCAUCUUGGGCGGAGAAUCUCUCCCGGGCAAGAUCACAUCGAGCGUGGGGAAAACCUCUCCUCCCCCGUAUAAAUACUUCCAGGGCAGCAGAUGAAUCUCUCACCUUGUCUCCCCCUCUCUUCAUCUCUGCUAUGUCAUCGCCGUCUCAGACGAACUACAAUCAAUCAGCAUAGACGACUUGAUCCCGAUCGACAGCUUCCUCCUUCUUGCAGCGUGUGCACUCCGCCCGGGGAACUGCGACCGCGGCCAGAGUAUAGAGUAUAUAUCUUGUCCAUUCUGAUACAUUUCCUUGUUUGAUAUGUGCCUUCUUUCACCAACCUCGGAUCAAAUAUGGAUGUUCUAUCAAAUUCAAAAAUUGCGCAUUAUGUCUCCAAGCUGGAGGUUAGAUAUGAGGCUGGCUUGUCUACCGGACAGCUCAUGCUGGUGAACGAUGAUUUGAAACCAGUUAAACCGGAGCAUCGACGAUGGGGUCCUUGGAACUAUGUUGGCUUCUGGAUCGCGGACUCCUUCAAUAUCGUGGGUCAAAACAAACGCGAAUCAUUUUCAUGAGAAAUCUACUGUGAGAACUCGCAGAGUAUGCUGAACCGAUUUUCUAAUCCCAGAACACAUGGAUGAUCUCGUCCGCGAUGAUCGUCGAAGGUUUGUCGUGGUGGCAGUCCUGGAUUUGCGUGUGGUUUGGAUACUUCAUUGCUGCUGUGUUUCUGUGCCUGAGUGCGCGAAUCGGUGCAGUGUAUCACAUAUCUUUCCCAGUGGGUAUCAGGGCGUCGUUUGGGGUAUGGGGCUCCAUGUGGCCUGUCUUUAACCGGGCAGCCAUGGCAUGUAUCUGGUAUGGUGUGCAGUCGUGGAUUGGAGGUAUGUAAUCCCAUGUUUUAAUGCGUAGAGGGCGUUGACAUCCUAGAUUUUUUGCCGGAGACUGAUAUAAAUCCUCUAUGCACGUCCUUGGAUAAGGCCAAUGUGUUACGCUGAUGAUUAGAUCCAUAUGGUCUAGCUAUAAGGACUUGCCAAAUAGCAUGCCAGCUAGUUCGGGAACAACCACGAGAGACUUCUUGAGCUUCUUUCUGUUUUCACUCUGCAGUCUUCCCGCCAUCUGGUUCCCAGUGCAUAAGAUCCGCCAUCUCUUCACCAUCAAAUCUUACUACGCGCCAAUGGCUGGCAUCGUUUUCCUUGCUUGGUCCGUCCACCGUGCAGGUGGACUCGGCCCUGUUGUUGACCAACAGCAUACUGUCCAAGGCAGCAAAUUGGCCUGGGCAGUGAUAAAGGGAGUAAUGUCUUCAAUCGCCAACUUCGCUACGCUUAUCGUCAACUCGCUCGACUUUUCAAGGGUUGCUAGGAAGCCAAAGGAUGCCUUGUACUCUCAACUAUUCACGAUACCCAUCAGUUUUGCAAUCACAUCAUUCAUCGGGAUUAUCGUGUCAUCCUCGUCAGGCGUGAUUUAUGAAGAGCCUAUUUGGAACCCACUUGAUAUUUUAGGUAGAUUUCUCGACGGCGCGAGCAAAGGGGAAAGGUUUGGGGUCUUUAUCAUCUCCAGUGCCUUUGCUCUAGCACAGCUAGGAACAAAUAUUGCGGCCAACUCGAUAUCGGCGGGAACCGAUAUGACCGCCCUCUUCCCCCGGUUCCUCAGUAUUCGCCGGGGCGGGUAUAUCUGCGCAACCGUUGGUUUCGCUAUGUGUCCCUGGCAUCUCCUCUCCAGCUCGAACAGCUUUACCACAUACCUUUCCGCCUACUCCGUCUUUCUUUCCUCCAUUGCAGGCCCAAUGAUUUGCGACUACUAUCUUGUUCGCAAGGGUUACAUCGACGUAAAAGAACUCUACAGCGCCCGCAAGCGUAGUCCCUAUUACUAUGUCUUUGGCUUCUCCUGGCACGCUUACGCGUCCUACUUCUCCGGGAUUCUCAUCAACAUCGUCGGCUUCGUCGGUGCUGUUGGCAUCACAGUACCCGUUGGAGCCACCUAUUUCUACAAUCUAAAUUUCUUCUGCGGCUUCUUCAUUUCCUUUGCGAUGUAUUAUAUCCUCACGAGGAUUUGGCCAAUCCCAGCGACGAGCAAGACAUGGAAUGAGAGGGAUAUCGAUGUCACGAAUCUGUCUGUGGCGUAUAACCAAGGAGAAGCGCUUAGUAUUGAUGAGGAGUCCCAGUCAAGAUCUCCGUCGUCGCCUGUGGAUGAUGAUCUGGAUAUCGAUGUGAAAAGUGGACGAGGCCGGGUUGAUGUGAAAGGGUUUGGGGGGAAUUUCUAAUGAACGGGAUAGAGGUGUGGGAACUAUGAAUAAUGAGGUGUUUUCUUAAGUAAUUCCACUUGGGGGAUGGAUACCUGCAGUUUUUUCUUCAGUUGUAUUGUUUAUUUCUUUCUGAUUUUUUUUCCUCUUCUCUUUUAUCUGCUCCUUUAAUUUAAUGUCGACAGCACCCCAGACAAAUUGACCUAUAUAGACUAAACGUCUUUUUAAAAUUGCAUUGAAUCUUCUUUGUUUUGAAGAACAUUAUGCUACCUCAGACUUACUUUGAAAAACUGAUUGUUUAAUAAUAAUACCUAUAUUGAUCUCAAGAUGCAUA